UCCCUCUCUCUCUCCAAAGCUCAUUUUGGUGUCCCCACUGCAGGAACUAGAUUUUCCCUGCUCUCCGGCUGGUGUUUAUUUCGUUUUGUUUGUUUUACUAUUUGAAAUUCUGGGUAGGGAUGAGUGUCCGCCUGUUUGAAGGGAAAGAGCAUGCUCUCUCCUACUGGAAAUACAGGACCUCUCCGUCAGAAGAAAUCAUCAAAAAGUUAUUAAACUUCCUGGGAAAACAUAGGAGUCGGCCCUUUGAGCUGGUGGUGGAUGUGGGCUGUGGGUCGGGGCAGGGCACUGUGCUGCUUGGCCCACACUUCUCCAAAGCAGUGGGGACCGACGUUAGUCCGGCACAGCUGGAGAUGGCCCGUCAGCAUUCCUCAGCUGAGAAUAUCACCUACAGAGAAUGCCCUGCUGAGAAACUUCCUUUUGAAAACGCCACGGUGGACCUUGUGACGAGCAUAGCGGCGUUUCACUGGUUUGACCAGCCACGCUUCCUCAAAGAGGCAGACAGAAUACUGAGGCCUCAAGGAUGUCUUUCACUCCUAAACUACAGCAUGGACAUGGAGCUUAGCUAUAAAGGCUGCUCAGAUGCUCUCAAUCAAAUCUGCAAGGAGGUAUAUGAUACCCUCAUGCAAUACCGUAACCCCCACCUAGUUGCUGUUGACGCGUCUGACCCUUAUAAGAAAGCCUAUGACACGCUUGAAUACCCUGACAAGGAAUGGCAUGAAAACCUUUGGGUGAGAAAGACUGUUCCUGUGUCCAACUAUAUUGGAAUGGUAGAAUCCUUCUCUCCCUACCAGGCUAUUUUACGGGAGGACCCAGAGAAGGCCAGAAGACUUUCCAAGGACACAGCUGAGAGGUUGCUGAAGGUGAUGGGGGUGACGUCUCCAGACACAGAAGUUGUCUUGUCCAUCAAGUAUUCCUGUCUGCUGGCCCGCAAACCCUAGCUGGCAGAGUUUGCCCAAGACAUAACAUCUUAACAGUUGGGCUGCUGUUUCAACACUCCUGAGAGGCUGAUGGAACAUAAUUUGUUGUGGGCAUGGAACUUUCAAUGUUACCUUUUUUCCAUGUUAUUGUUUUUUUAUUUUAUUAUUAUUAUUAUUUCUUGUCAACAUAAAUAAAAUGGAUUUGCCCUGGAAAUUAUGUUAUCACAGCAAACUACAA